GUCCUGUUUUGACUCUCUCUCUCUCUCUCUCUCUCUCUCCCCAUUUCUCUGUUCGUUAUCGUAAUUAUCUCAUUUUAUGCUUCCCUAAAUUCUAGGGUUUGCCACGGAUCCAAUUUAUUUUUGCAAUUCUAUCUAAACAACUUAACCAACUCAAAAACACUCCAUCUUUUAUUACAAUUGAUGGCCACAUCUUGAUUCUCUGUCUUUACCCAUUAUCUGGAGCUUUUCCAAUUUCUUAAUGGAGGUUCUGGAGAUGGAGGAGGCCAAGAAAUCUGAGAUGCAUUUGGCAUCAGCUGCAGCUUUUGUGGAAGGAGGAAUUCAAGAGUCCUGCGAUGAUGCUUGCAGUAUUUGCCUUGAGGAUUUCUGUGAAAGCGAUCCUUCAACGGUGACUAAUUGCAAGCAUGAGUAUCACCUUCAGUGCAUUCUUGAAUGGUGCCAGAGAAGCUCCGAUUGCCCCAUGUGUUUGCAGACCAUCAGUCUAAAAGAUCCCUCAAGUCAAGAGUUGUUUGAGGCGGUUGAGCGAGAGAGGAAAUUCAGGGCUGCACCAUCAAGAACGGCAGCUAUAUUUCGCCAUCCUACACUUGGGGAUUUUGAGUUGCAACAUUUACCAGUUGGGGCUAGUGAUUCUGAUCUUGAAGAGCGUAUAAUCCAGCACCUGGCUGCAGCUGCUGCUAUGGGAAGGAGCCACCACUUUAGUAGGAGGGAGGGCCAUAGAAAUAGGCAACCUCCUCAUGGCCGUCCACACUUCCUGGUAUUUUCUACUCAUCCCAGCACACCAUCUGCUGGCCAUGUUUCAUCCUCUCCUCAGGUAGGAGAGGAAAAUGAACAAGCUGCUAGGAUUGUUGACAGUCCAUCAGCUCCACUUGCAUUUCAUGCGGAUGAACUACCACAAGAAUCUUUACAGUUUCCUUCUGCUGUAAUUGAUCAAAGUUCCUCCGCAUCUGGAUCUACCGUCAUUCCUACCAAUCGCCAAGGAGUUUCCUUUAAUAAUCGAAGCAGUAGUAGUCAUUCUUCACCAUCAAAUCAAGAUAGAGCAGGACCAUCAGAACUUCAAUCAUUUUCCGACUCUCUAAAAUCUAGACUAAAUGCAGUGUCUACGAGGUACAAAGAGAUCUCAAGAAGUACAAGAGGGUGGAAGGAGAGGCUGUUCUCUCGCAACAGUUCAAUGUCUGAAAUUGGUUCUGAAGUUAGAAGGGAAGUGAAUGCUGGAAUUGCAAGUGUAUCUCGUAUGAUGGAGCGCCUUGAAACCAGAGAUGAUAAUACUGCUAACCGUGUCUCUAUUUCAACUCAAACAGAUUAUUCAGUUGCUGAAAGGAGCAACCAGAACAAUACCAGUACACGCAGAGAUAGCCCUUUAGGUGAAACCAAUACAUCAGCUUCUGUUGCUGCAAGCUCGGCUUCUACUUAAAGUAGUCAAAGAUUGUUUAAUGGCAUCUAUCCUCAGCAUUUCAUCUUUGAAGGUUGUAGACACCGUUUCUCCAAAUAUGACAUGUUGAGGAAAGAUGCUUCAUAUGAUGGGGCGGAGAUGUGCAUCCUCCUGAUUCUGAAUAAGAGAGGUAAGACUAGAAUCGUUGAAAAACUUCCAUCUGGACAGAUAUAUGAAUACCCGGGUAUAUGUAUGUAAAUUUGUUUAUUGCACACAGAUUUGUUUCCUAGGCGCAAAAUUAGAAUUUAUAUUUUCCUUGGGAAAAAAAUGAACUUCUGCAUUUGAUCUAUGGAUGUGGAUGGUUUGGUCGCGGCACAAUGUGGAUAUUAGUAAUGUUUAUCUAAUCAUGUACCUAAAAUGAAUGGGAUGCGACGAAUAUCUUUAAGGAAAUUUCUUUGGUGUUUUCAA